GAAGUCAUGUCUGUCUGAUCCCUGUCUCUGUGUUUUCAGAACUCAAAUUCAAAUCCCUCGAGCUGUUGUUACAUGGGCGUGAGUGCAGCCUCUAUACUGAACACCCUUCUUCACAGCCGAACCCACGGGGCCCAUACUCAACCCACCAGCGCCAAAGUCUUGACCAACACCAUCCUCGUUCACCUCAGAGCAGGUCGUCUCCGCAAAGCUGUUUCCGUUCUCUUUGCUGCCCCAGUAUCCGUCCCUUAUUCCCUUUACGCACGUCUCUUCCGAAUAUGUUGUGCCAAUUUUGCCAUUGUUGAGGCGCGGAAAGUUGAGUCCCAUUUGGUCACCUUCUCACCUACGCCGCCGGUUUUUCUUUUGAACCGGGCAAUUGAGUCUUAUGGAAAAUGUGGGUGUUUGGUUGAUGCGAGGGAGCUGUUUGAGGAAAUGCCUCGAAGAGAUGGGGGGUCUUGGAAUGCUAUGGUUACGGCCUACGCACAAGGAGGGUGCCCUGGGAAGGCCUUGUCCUUGUUUUCAGAAAUGAAUGGUUUGGGAGUUCAUGCAAGUGAGGUCACGUUCGCCAGUGUUCUUGCCUCCUGUGCUGCAGUCUUGGCUCUUUGUCUUUCUAGACAAAUUCACGGGCUUAUUGUGAAAUAUGGGUUUUGUGGGAAUGUAAUCUUGGAGAGUUCACUUGUUGAUGUAUACGGGAAAUGUAAGGUUAUCAUUGAUGCACGCAGAAUGUUUGAUGAGAUCGAGAAUCCAACUGCUGUUUCUUGGAAUGUGAUUGUGAGGCGGUAUCUCGAGGUGGAUGAUGGAAAAGAGGCAGUGUUUAUGUUUUUUCAGAUGUUCCCAGAAGCUGUUAGGCCCUUGAAUUUUACUUUCUCUAACGCACUUAUUGCUUGUUCAAGAAUAUCUGCGCUAGAGGAGGGGAUGCAAAUUCAUGGAGUUGCGAUUAAAGUUGGUUUUGGGGAUAAUGACGUUGUUUCAAGCUCUGUCAUUGCUAUGUAUGUCAAGUGUGGGAAAUUAGAGAAUGCUCACAGGGUAUUUGAACAACCAGGUUCAAAGAAUUUGAUUUCUUGGACUUCAAUUGUGUCAGGGUAUGCAAUGAGUAGAAAAACUGGGGAGGCAAGAGAGCUGUUCGAUCAGAUGCCAGAACGCAAUGUAAUCUCCUGGAAUGCAAUGUUGGCAGGGUACACCUGUUCCCUUCAAUGGGAAAAGGCCUUGGACUUUGUAUUUUUGAUGCGCAAUUCAACUAAAGACAUUGACCAUGUCACGCUUGGAUUGAUACUAAACGUGUGUGCUGGUCUUUCAGAUGUUGAAGUGGGAAAACAGGUCCAUGGUUUUAUUUACCGAAAUAGUUUCUUUACUAAUCUCUUUGUUGGCAAUGCCCUUCUUGACAUGUAUGGUAAAUGUGGGAACUUAAAAAGUGCUCGAGUUUGGUUUUACCAAAUAAGUCAAUGGAGGGAUAUUAUUUCAUGGAAUGCUUUGUUGACCAGCUAUGCUUGUCAUGGCUUGAGCGAACAAGCUAUGACAAUUUUCUCAGAGAUGCAGUGGGAGACUAGACCAAGUAAAUUUACAUUUGGAACCCUUUUAGCAGCCUGUGCAAAUACUUUUGCUCUUGAUCAUGGCAAACAAAUUCAUGGAUUUAUGAUUAGAAAUGGUUAUGAGAUUGAUAUUGUGAUCAGAGGAGCCUUGGUAGACAUGUACUCAAAAUGUCGUUGUCUUGAGUAUGCUCUCACAGUUUUUAAAGAGGCUGGUUCACGGGAUGUGAUUCUCUGGAACUCCAUAAUUUUUGGAUGUUCUCACAAUGGAAGAGGUAGGGAGAUACUCCAAUUGUUCGGGUUAAUGGAGGAGGAAGGUAUAAAGCCAGAUCAAGUCACCUUUCAAGGAAUUUUGCUUGCUUGUAUAUGUGAUGGCCUAGUUGAGUUGGGAACGCAGUAUUUUAAUUCAAUGAGCAAUGAGUAUUGCGUCAUGCCUCGGUUAGAGCACCAUGAGUGCAUGAUUGAACUAUAUAGUCGGUAUGGGCACAUGAUUGAGCUUGAGAAUUUUGUUAAAAACAUGGCAUUUGAACCCACUGUUCCCAUGCUGAUGAGUGUCUUUGACGCUUGUAGAAAACAUGGGCACGUAAGGCUUGGAGAGUGGGCUGCCGAACGACUUAAUCAAAUGAAUCCUUCGUCUCCAUUAGAAUUCCAAAUUGUCAACGGAGAGAGGUAGUAUUCACUGGACUUGCAGCUUGAAAGCAGCUACAUUCUUGCAUUUCAGGUUCUGCUUCCAAAAUUGCAACUUGCAGAUAUUGCAUCCAAAUUUUCUUCCAAGGAUAUUACAGUUCAUCUGUAGAAUGCAAUGGCAGGCUGAACCGGGUUAACACAUGGAGAGAUGUUUGG